AUGAGUGACGGGAAGAGGAAGAAGAGUGUGAGCGGAGGAGCACCGGCGCAAACUUUCUCCGAUGAUCGGACAUCUAGUCAUUCGGAACUUGAAGAAGCUUCUACACCGGUUGGGAAACGAGUUGUUAUCAAAAGUGCUGAUAUGAAAGAUGAUAUGCAGAAGGAGGCUAUCGAUAUCUUACUCUCUUACUCUCUCUCUGUGUAUCGCGCUUGUUCUCCGAUUUGUUGUGUAUGUUCUUCGAAUUUAGGGAUUCCUUGA